GUCCAGCUACCGGCCCAAGGCCAUCUACCUAGACAUCGAUGGACGCAUCCAGAAGGUGGUUUUCAGCAAGUACUGCAACUCCAGUGACAUCAUGGACCUGUUUUGCAUCGCAACUGGCCUGCCUCGGAACACUACCAUCUCCCUCCUGACCACAGACGACGCCAUGGUCUCCAUUGAUCCCACCAUGCCUGCAAACUCAGAGCGAACCCCCUACAAGGUGAGACCUGUGGCGGUCAAGCAACUGUCUGAAAAAGAAGAACUGAUCCAGGCUGUGCUGACACAGGUGGCAGAACAGUUCUCCAGAGCAUUUAAAAUCAACGAACUGAAAGCGGAAGUUGCGAAUCACCUGGCGGUGCUGGAGAAACGCGUGGAACUGGAAGGACUUAAAGUAGUGGAGAUUGAGAAAUGCAAGAGUGACAUUAAAAAGAUGCGGGAGGAGCUGGCAGCCAGAAACAGCAGGACCAACUGUCCCUGUAAAUACAGUUUUUUGGAUAACAAGAAGUUGACACCUCGACGUGAUGUCCCUACUUACCCCAAGUACCUGCUCUCUCCAGAGACCAUCGAAACCCUGCGGAAGCCCACCUUCGACGUCUGGCUUUGGGAGCCCAAUGAGAUGCUGAGCUGCUUAGAGCACAUGUACCAUGACCUCGGCCUGGUGAGGGACUUCAGCAUUAACCCCAUUACGCUCCGGAGGUGGCUGCUCUGCGUGCAUGACAACUACAGGAACAACCCCUUCCACAACUUCCGGCACUGCUUCUGCGUGGCACAGAUGAUGUACAGCAUGAUCUGGCUCUGCAGCCUGCAGGAGAAGUUUUCCCAAAUGGACAUCUUAGUCCUGAUGACCGCAGCCAUCUGCCACGACCUGGAUCAUCCAGGAUACAACAACACAUACCAGAUCAACGCCCGCACAGAGCUGGCCGUUCGCUACAACGACAUCUCACCACUGGAGAACCACCACUGCGCUGUUGCCUUCCAGAUCCUGGCCCGACCUGAGUGCAACAUCUUCUCCAGCGUGCCACCUGAGGGCUUCAGGCAGCUCCGUCAGGGGAUGAUCACGCUCAUCUUGGCCACCGACAUGGCAAGGCAUGCUGAAAUUAUGGAUUCUUUCAAAGAAAAAAUGGAGAAUUUUGACUAUAGCAACGAGGAACACCUAACCCUGCUGAAAAUGAUUCUCAUAAAGUGCUGCGACAUCUCCAACGAGGUCCGUCCCAUGGAGGUGGCAGAACCUUGGGUGGACUGUUUACUGGAGGAGUAUUUUAUGCAGAGCGACCGUGAGAAGUCAGAGGGCCUUCCCGUGGCCCCCUUCAUGGACCGAGACAAAGUGACCAAGGCAACAGCCCAGAUCGGCUUCAUCAAGUUUGUCCUGAUCCCAAUGUUCGAAACAGUGACCAAGCUCUUCCCCGUGGUGGAGGAGACCAUGCUGCGGCCCCUCUGGGAGUCCAGAGAGCACUACGAGGAGCUGAAGCAGCUGGAUGAUGCCAUGAAGGAGUUACAGAAGAAGACAGAGAGCUUGACCUCUGGGGCCACCACAGACUCCACAGAGGAAAACAGAGAUGUGAAAAACAGUGAACGCCGUUCUCCCCUGAACUGAUGCCUAGAUGCACACGGUGAGGCAUACGCAGAUUGUGCCAGAGAAAGCAUCUGUGGCCAGUGACCAGACAGGGCUGGCAGAGCUCCGAGGGAUCCUUCAUGCAAGGACGAUCGCACCCAGACGACCUGCUGCCGCCAGACCAUGUUUUCUAAGAACUGUUUUGUUCAUGGACACAAAAACAGGAAUUCAUGAUGCUGUACAGAAUUUUUAUUUUUAAACUGUCUUUUAAAUAAUAUAUUCUUAUACAGAAAUGGGUCUGUACUCUCUCUUUGGUAGAGUUUUGCACCCAUGGGCUUCUGAUGAGAUCUUCAGUAGAGACCAAGGACUCUUGUGCUUUCCCAAGGGUGUGUCUUAGCCUCUUGAGCGGUGAGAUGUGAGAUGUGACGCAGGAUCCUUGUAAAUUCCACAUUAAACGUCAGAAUGGCGCCCGAG